UUGUCCUUGUCUUUUGCAGCCAAUUCAAACUUUCUUCUAUUCCUGCUUCACAAAUCCUACAAUUGGUCGAAGAUUUAGCAAUAGGAUGAGAUUUUUUCUCAAAAACGAUCGAAAUUUACUGAUACCGUUUCACACUUUCAAGAGCUGAUACUGCACUAGACUAGAGUCAAAGCUUGGAGACUUUGAGCCGAAUCUAAGUUUUUGGGCCAGUGGUUCCCCCCCCCCCCCCUUUUCUCACGGUUCUUUGUUCUCUGAAGAAUGGGAGUGGAUAAAAUUGAAGAGAGCAGUGUGAGAUUGUUGGCUAGUAGCAGCAGCGGUGGAAGCACCGGAUCUAGGUGGGUCGAUGGGACGGAAGUGGAGUGGGAGGUUACUCCGUGGACGAAGGAAAAUGAGAAUGAAGGAUUGAGAUCAAUUCGAAGAAGGCUUGUGAAGAAGCCCAAGAGAGUUGACUCACUUGAUGUAGAGGCCAUGGAGAUUUUUGGGAAACACGAUCACCACUCCAAGGAUCCUUCCUUUUGGACCACACUGGCACUAGCAUUUCAGACUCUUGGUGUGGUAUAUGGUGAUAUGGGAACAAGUCCUCUAUAUGUUUUCUCUGAUGUGUUCAGUAAGGUUCCGAUUGAGUCAGAAAUUGAUAUUUUGGGCGCCUUAUCAUUAGUGAUGUACACAAUAGCAAUUAUACCCUUGGCAAAGUAUGUUUUUAUAGUCCUCAAGGCAAAUGAUAAUGGAGAAGGUGGAACAUUUGCACUGUACUCGCUGAUUUGUAGGUACGCAAAUGUGAGUCUUCUUCCAAAUCGUCAGCAAGCUGAUGAGCUUAUCUCUAGCUUUAAGCUUAAACUACCCACUCCAGAGCUGGCAAGGGCUUUGACCGUAAAGGAAACACUGGAAAGAAAGUCAUCUCUGAAAACCCUUCUGCUGCUGUUGGUUCUGAUGGGGACUUCCAUGAUUAUUGGAGAUGGUAUUCUGACCCCAGCAAUAUCAGUGAUGUCUGCCAUAAGUGGUUUGCAAGGUCAAAUUAAUGGAUUUGAUACAAAGGAGGUGGUUAUUGUUUCAAUCGUAGUCCUUGUGGCUUUGUUCAGCAUACAGCAGUUUGGAACUGGUAAAGUGGGUUUCAUGUUUGCUCCUGCGCUUGCUUUAUGGUUCUCUUCGCUGGCUUUGAUUGGAAUAUACAACAUAUUCAAGCAUGACAUCAGUGUUCUGAGAGCCUUCAACCCAGCUUAUAUCUAUUAUUUCUUUAUGAAGAACACCAAAACUGCAUGGUCAUCUCUUGGAGGUUGUGUUUUGUGCAUUACAGGUGCCGAGGCAAUGUUUGCCGAUCUGGGUCACUUUUCUGUGCGAUCAAUUCAGAUUGCCUUUUCUUUUGUGGUAUUUCCCUGUCUCCUCCUUGCUUAUAUGGGCCAAGCUGCUUAUCUGAUGAAGCACCCUUAUGCUCAUUCAAGAAUAUUCUAUGAAUCUGUUCCAGAGAGUCUGUUCUGGCCAGUGUUUGUGAUAGCCACACUUGCUGCUAUGAUUGCCAGCCAAGCUAUGAUAUCUGCUACAUUUUCAUGUGUAAAGCAAUCCAUGGCUUUAGGCUGCUUUCCAAGGCUCAAGAUUAUUCAUACCUCAAAGAGGUUUAUGGGUCAAAUAUACAUCCCUGUAAUCAACUAUUUUCUGUUGAUCAUGUGCAUAGUAGUUGUUUCCAUCUUCCAAAGCACCACUAGUAUUGCAAAUGCAUAUGGCAUUGCUGAAGUAGGUGUCAUGAUGGUUAGCACCACCUUGGUGAGUCUUGUAAUGCUUUUGAUCUGGCAGACCAACUUGUUCCUAGUUUUUGGUUUCCUACUCGUAUUUGGAUCAGUAGAGCUCGUUUACAUGUCCUCCGUCCUAUCCAAAAUCACAGAGGGCGGCUGGCUUCCACUUGUUUUUGCUUGCUUUUUCCUCUCUAUAAUGUACACGUGGAACUAUGGAAGUGUUCUGAAAUACCAAAGUGAAGUCAGGGAGAAGAUCUCCAUGGACCUCAUGGUUGAUCUUGGCUCCAAUCUUGGAACUGUAAGAGUACCAGGAAUUGGAUUGUUAUACAAUGAACUUGUCAAUGGCAUUCCCUCUGUUUUUGCUCAGUUCCUCUUGAACCUCCCUGCUGUCCACUCCACUUUAAUUUUUGUUUGCAUUAAAUAUGUCCCAGUCCCAGUGGUUCCUCUGGAGGAAAGAUUCCUGUUUCGAAGAGUCGGUCCAAAAGAUUACCACAUGUUUCGCUGUGUUGCCCGGUACGGCUACAAAGAUGUAAGGAAGGAAGAUCACCAUGCAUUUGAGCAGCUUCUCAUUGAAAGCCUGGAGAGAUUCUUGAGAAAGGAGGCUCAUGAUAGUUCCUGGGAGGUCAAUAAAAAUGAGGACGUGGAUAGUGUCUUGGCGAUAUCAAAGGACUCUGACCUUCCCAGUGGGAAUGUGUCUGAGGACCUAAGGAUUCCAUUAAUGCAGGGUCAAAAACCAGAAGAAACAGGAGCUUCUACCUCUAAGCAAGCUUCAAUCUUGCUGCCGGCUAGCGCCAUGUCAUCAGAUGAAGACCCUAGUCUUGAAUAUGAGCUUGCUGCUCUAAGGGAAGCGACGGAUUCAGGAUUCACCUAUUUGCUUGGACAUGGGGAUGUGAGGGCAAAGAAGAACUCCAUUUUCGUCAAGAAGCUAGUGAUCAAUUAUUUCUAUUCAUUUCUGAGAAAUAACUGCAGAGGAGGCACAGCGAACAUGAGAGUUCCUCACACUAACAUCAUUCAAGUUGGGAUGACUUACAUGGUCUGACUCACUCUAGUGGUUGUCUUUGAUAUCUGCAGUGAAAGUCAUUCUGGGAAAUUGAAGUUACCAUUUGGCUCCCCGUUGUAAAUUAUCUCUAUAACCCCUAGAUUGUAUUGCCUAUUGUAGAAGUAUUGAACUAUAUUGGGUUGUGGAAUAUUUAUUGCCACCCAGAUUGUAUGGCCUGCUAGACAGUUAUUUCUAGAACUCCUAGAUUGUUUCAUAUUUUUUAUUAAUUUCACAUUCUUGUGGAAAUUUUUUCUACAAUUAUGUUAUCCUAAAA